AUGAAACGUAACCGUGAAUUGCGAGGUGUCUUACACGCUUUCGACUCACAUUUGAACAUGAUUCUGGGGAAUGUUGAAGAAACUGUAACAACAUUGGAGAUAGAUGAGGAAACAUAUGAAGAAGUUUACAAGACUACAAAGCGCACAAUACCCAUGCUGUUUAUUCGCGGAGAUGGUGUUAUCCUAGUUUCGCCUCCACAAAAGGACUAA